AUGGCCGCAGCUCCUGGUUCGUUUCCCCGUCUCGUAUCUGUGCCUCCAUCUCUUGUUGUCUUUCCGCAAACCAUCCCGGCCCGUGUCGCCUCUGACCUGCUCUCGGCAGCUUCUGCGACGCUCGCCAUCUGCGAAUCUCCUCCGCCCGGGGACUCGCCCGCAAAGGCUGAAAUCGCGCUGGAGUCGUCCGCAACUCCCGGCCCCAGGUCCUCGACCCCGAUCCGCACCUCUAGUCAUGAUGUGACCGAUGCCCCGGAGGGAGCCUCCAUUCACACCACGGAUGGCCGCGUCAAGAACCCUGUGCCCAGCAAGCUCAAGGGCAAGGCCGACAACAAGAACGGCAACUUUGGCGUCAUGCACAUCGACAUAAAUAGCGCACAAGCUGCCCUGCGGAAUGCUGCUGCAAAGCGUACGAGCGAGGAGACGGAGGCGGCUGCGAGACUGGCCAACAUGCGCGGCUACCAAUCCAUCAAACGUAGCAAGCUGGCGUGGAUUCCGCCCACCGAACCCGAUCCGCGCUCUUCCGCCCCGGCCUAUGGGGCUUCGCAAAAUGGCUUUCUAAAUCCCUCCUACCCUCUACCUGCCCGCAGUCUAGGGCCUUUACCGCAUGAGGCCAAGGCCGAACAGGCUCGGCUUCUCACCUUGUUACGCAGCUUAAAUCCCGUUGUCGUGGUGGAUCAGCUGUGCAAAGCCUUGGCAUACUUUGGGGGGAUUCCAGGCGCUCCUUCAUCACACGAUGCAGCUUUUCCAGAAAGCGGACACAACAAUGGCCAGGGGUCCAUUUUCGUCGGCUGGGUCGCCGAGAUAUUCCCUCCGAGCGAUAUAGUCUCUGCUGCCGCUGCCGCUGUAGCUGCUACCACCUCAGACGUCCCCUCGUCAGCUCAGCCUCCAACUCUAUCUCAUUCGGCUACCGCUCCCGCCGCUCCACCAUCCUCCACGGAUGCUGCAGCAGAACCUUCACAGCCCUCAGGAACGCAAGAUGCAGCUAGCACCCCUAUGAAAAGACCACGAGGGCGGCCAAAGGGGAGCAAAAGCUCCAAACCUCGAAUAGACAAAGGCAUCAAAAAGUCAGAUAUGGCACACCAUUCCUCCAGCCAGGUUGACCCGCUUGGUUCGCAAAAUAUGCUCCAUCUAUCCCAAACCGAGCCAGGAUCCGGCGAGCAAUCUAGAAAUGGACUUGCCAAUCCCUCGUAUCAUGCCGAUAUGUCAACGCAUCUUGACCCUGAUUCCAGUAUUAUGAGCACUCCGGGGACGGGCAAGAAAAGAGGUCGACCUAAGGGAUCUAAGAACCGACCAAAGAAUACUCCCGAAGCCGGCCAAGCGGCUGCGGACGCCUCCCAGGGUCUGCUACCGACAUCGACAACCUCUAAUCCUGUUGCGCCCUCUCCUUUGGCACAUAAGACGACGGGGAGUCUGAAUAACAUUUCCUCCUUUGCGAAUACGAUGGCGCCCAGAGCAGAACAGCAACAGCACCCCUCGCCCACGAUGCAGGAGAAUGCAGUAGCGCAGCACGCCGGACACAUGGCUGUGCGAACCCCCCAGACGAGCCAAACAAGCGCCAUCCCGGGAAUUCGACACGACAAUGAGGCAUCGUUGCAGAUGGCUGCGUCUGAUCCAAAUACUAUGAAACGUCGGCGGGUAUCUAGAGAGUCGCUUCAGAACCCCAUGUUCAGCAAUAUCGAUUCUCAAUCUGGCCGUGUCGGUAUGACUACGUCGCCAAUACUAAAUAAUGCCUACAACAGCAUCUCUCAAGUCAUGGCUACCAAUAAUUUUGAUAACCAGCUAGCGAGCGCCGCAGUUAGGAAAGCCUCAAGCCAGCAGCAUCUACAGCAGCAACAUCACCCGCAGCGAUCACCAACACAGCCUCAGAGUCAAAACCAGAACCAGCCGCUUCAGAACCAGCAACAGCCGCAGCAGUUUACGUCUCAGAGACCUCAGCAGCAGAACACGGGGAUGCGCCCUCCACCACAACUUCAGCAAGGUGGACACAUGCCGCCAGGAGCCGCGAGACCCAGAGGGCCCGGCCAAAUGUACGGAAAUAGCCCGACGAACAUGGCCUCACAAGGCUUUUAUCCUCAGACAAGACAGCUACCAGGCCAGCUGGGGCACGUAGCCGGUGGCGGCAGCUUUGCUAGAGGCACGGGCAGCGGCCAAGCAUCACAGUUUGGAUCUUCCAACAUGGCGAGGCAAACCUCGGACGAAGCUCGCGCCGCCAGUUUGUCUCAACAAGCGUCUUUGGCCAUCUCGCGGAGUCAGUCGGGACAGCAACAAGCCGCUACGGCUCGUCACCCGUCUUCUGGCUUCACCAACGGCCAGCAAGUUCCCGCAACUUCAGCAUCAGCUCCUACGACGUCUAGCCUGAGCCAGUUCCAAACCUUUGCAGAGCACAGCUAUCUCGACAUGGACUAUGGCCUCAACGAGCGUGACGUCCAAGAUGCCGCCGCUGCUUUUGGCGACUCCACGCAGCUUGAAGCUGCGCUAGCCGAACCGAAUAUGAGAGAGAGGCUGUACCAGGCCAUGGCUAACCGCCAAUAG